UAAAGUUUACAAGGGUUCAAUAGAUGAUGGAGCCACUAUUGUGGCCAUAAAACGUCUUACGACAACAUCGAAGCAAGGCGCUCGCGAGUUUGAAACAGAAAUCGAGAUGCUAUCGAGACUACGUCACGUACAUUUGGUGUCCUUAAUAGGAUAUUGUGACAAACACGGUGAAAUGAUCAUAGUUUACGAGUAUAUGCCACGUGGCACUCUUCGAGAUCACUUGUUGUACAAGAAUCCCGAGAGAAGCGAGAACCAUACACCAUUGUCGUGGAAGCAACAACUUAUAAUUUGUCUUGGAUCAGCUCGCGGUUUGCACUAUCUUCACGCGGGUGCUAAACAAUUGAUUAUUUAUCGAGAUGUCAAGUCUACGAAUAUUCUUCUUGAUGAUAAGUGGACGGCCAAAGUCUCAGACUUUGGCUUUUCAAAGGUAGGACCCACUCCUGGUGAUAUGGGUCCUACCCAUGUUAGUACCGCUGUUAAAGGUAGUGUUGGAUAUUUAGAUCCAGAGUACUAUCGACGUCAACAAUUGACAGAGAAAUCAGAUGUAUACUCCUUCGGAGUUUUGUUGUUCGAGGUUUUAUGUGCUCGAUUUGCGAUGAACCCUAAUCUACCCAAGCAACAAGUGAACUUAGCAGUGUGGGCUCGUUAUAACUACAAAAAUAAAACCCUCCACACAAUUGUCGAUCCAAAUGUAACAGGGCAAAUUGCACCCGAAUGUCUAAGAAAAUUUGGAGAAGUGGCAGAAAUGUGUACAUGAGAA